ACAUAUGAUGUAAAAUGGGUUAGGGUUAAACAUAAACAUAAUAAAGUUACUAUACCGGUUUUUAAACUUAUAUUUGGUUGAAAGAAAGUUACAUCUUCAGAAAUAGUGAAAGUGCUUCUUUUGUGUGUAAUGCAGCCUCUGUAAAGUGCAAUAUAUUCCUUAAUUUUUUACCAGGACGUUGGCAAGAAAUUGAGUACGUCUUUUCCACAACCAUGGAAUAUGUCGUCCAACGUUGAUGUGUAAGAAAUGAGAAGCUCACUGCAUCAAUUGUUGUGGACCUGAAACAUCGUAAUCGCUCGACUGAUGAGAUGCAGAACAUGGGGACAGAGAGCAGAGAGGAACCAAACACCGAGUUUAUCUACUGCUGUGGAGCAAAUACAGAGCUGCUCAAAUAUGGCGCCUGUCACUUACAACCCACACACAAAACUCUAAUUCUUAUCAUUCCAGGUAAUCCCGGUGUUGUGGGCUUCUACAGAACCUUCAUGCAAACACUUCAUCACACGUUUGGCUACCGCCACCCAGUGUGGGCUGUAAGCCACGCAGGCCACUGUGAACCUCCUGACUCCAUGGACAUGGUAGAAGAUGGCUCCACAGCAGCAGAGAGGGAUGUGUUUGGUCUGAACGGGCAGAUUGAACACAAGCUCGCCUUCCUCAGGAAACAUGUUCCCAGAGAAACUAGUCUGGUCCUGGUUGGCCACUCCAUCGGCUGCUACAUUAUUCUGGAGAUCAUGAAGAGAGACCCUGAACUCAAGGUUCUGAAAGCCGUCAUGCUGUUUCCUACCAUCGAGCGCAUGGCUCAGUCUCCUCAGGGGAAGGUCAUGACCCCCGUGCUGUGUCACAUACGUUAUGUGGCCUACCUGCCUCUCUUCCUGCUCUCUCUGCUGCCGGACAGACUAAAAAGCAGCCUGAUCAAACUGGUGUUUGGUGGCAUUCGCUCUCUGGACACGAGUGUCGUCCGACCGACUGUAGGUCUGCUCAGUGGAGACUGUGCAGCCAAUGCUAUGUACAUGGGUGGCCAGGAAAUGAAGAUGGUUCUGGAAAGAGACAACAUAACCAUCAAGAAACAUCUUCACAAGCUGAUAUUUUAUCACGGAGCGACAGACCACUGGUGCCCCAUGCAGUAUUAUCACGACAUGAAGCGGGACUUUCCUCACGGGGACAUCCGACUGUGUGAGAGAGGGCUCCGUCACGCCUUCGUCCUGGACGCAGGAAGUGAAGUCGCCAAGAUGGUGGCAGAAUGGAUUCAUGGAGAUUUGAGGACAUGAACAUUUUUCACGCUCUGAUCUCCAUGACAACAGUCAGCCUCCAGAGCUGCCAGCCACAAUAUUCUGUGGCAAAGAUAGAUUUUUCUAACAGUAGCAGAGAUCAAGGAAUUUAAAUUAAUUCAUUUAAAAUGGUUUUUGUGCUAGAAAGAUAUCAAAUAUUACUUUUAAUACAAAUCAUUUAUAUAUUAUUUAUAUAAUAUUUAGUUUGGAAUUAGAUGGGAAAAGGAAAUGUAUUCAUUUCUAACACUAUAGAGCGUGUUGUAUACAGCAUCAGCCUCCAAUGAUAAAGUAAGACAACAUUCAAGGCACAACUCUAGCACUUCUCACAUUGAUGCAAGGUGAGUGUGAAUAGUUUUUUCAUGUUGCAUUUUUGCACGUGUAUGGAAUAUGGUCAUUCAUCGUAUACAUGCCUUUUUGUUUCCUCUUCUGUAUUUUUUACUGGCCAAUGUCAGUAGCUGUGCUUUGAAACAUUAGCAUCACAACUACCUAUGAUUUCAAAUCUGUGUUUUUUUUGUCUCUUCUGUCACACUUUUUAAAAUAACUUUUAUCAUUGUGAGAAAAUGCAUUUAGGAAACGGAAGGAAAAUGUCUGAAUCAUGCAUCAUUAGUCCAUUUCUGUGUGACUAUGUGCAGUUUACAGUAAAAAAAAAACCCAUUUGGAGGGUUGUACUUUCUGAAAGUUCAGGAACCUCUGAAUCUGCUCCAGGGUUUUUAUUUCAGUUUGUGUGUCUUCUCAGCCUGACUUGAAUUUCCUGUUGUCAUUCCAUUUUACUUGCAGUGUUUGCGUUCAACACUUUUGGUCGGCAUGCUGUUUAAUUAUAAUAAAUAAUGAAUCACCGUCAAGCUGUCUACUACAUUUUGACCUAGUAUUGUUUCUUUUUAAUCCAGACGACCAACAUAAUGACAUUGCUGCAUAGGAGAAGUCGGUAUCUGAUGCAGAUAGUCUCAGCAGUGUUUUUUUAACCACUUCAAUUUGGUGUAGUCUCUUUCAUGCCUUUACAACAUCAGAGUCACCGCUACUGCUCCUCUUCCUCUUCACGCUGUCUCCAUCUGCUGGUCUGUCAUGGUACGUGUCCGUUUGGUCUUCAGUCCUUGAUGAGGGGGGAUGAGAAGGUGUUUCUGGGAAACUCUGUCCAGUCCCCAGCACCUGUCGGACAGUCACAUUCACUCUUGAGCUCUGGAUGUACUUGGAGCACACAGUCCAGUCCUGCUCAGGCAUCUGCUCCACCACAGUGCUGUCCUGCGGGGAUGAGGCCGGACUGUAACUCUCCAUAUCUAAUGACGUAUGUCCUUGCGGCGCUGGGACAAUGCGGGGGACGGCGUGGUAAAGGAGACGGCUCUGUCCCGACAUGAUCAUCACGUCCCCACUGUGCAUGUACAUGGCAGUAGGGGGGUCCUGCCUGCAAGUACCUCCCAGGAGGAAAAUGGCCGACUGCCCAAAGCUAUCAGAAAAGACAAGACAUUGAGUGAAAAGGGAGAAAUAUUUAUCUGUGGUUAACCAAGCUACAGAUAUGAUCGUUGUUAUCAUACUAGGUCUAAUUACGAGGUUACAUUUUAAUUUUAGUCUUGCUGUAUCAUUAACACUCGCAGGCCUCGUCCAAUAUUACUUGGACCAGAGGAUCAAGGAUUCAAAACACCAGCAGGUGGUGGGACACCACAUUCUUGCACAGCAUGCUUGUCUGGGUGUUUGUUGUCGUUUUUAUGUUCUCUGCUUGCCAAAGAUAUGUUGUAAAAAACAGAGCAGUAAAUGAAUUGAAAUAAAAAAUAUCUGCAAACAAG